UGAACAUACUGUGUGAGUGGGUCUGGAGUGUGGAACCACACCUGACCUCCCUCGUAGUAGGAAGCUCUUGUUAACAUAUGACUGGAUUAAUUAAACUUAAUUAUGUGGUUAGAUCAGUUUAAACUUUGGUUUAAUAAAAGUUUUAAAUCAGUGAUGGAUUACACCGUAGGAUUUAUAGAUGCCCGUCUAAUCAGCUGAUGUAUGAUCAGCAAUGUGAAGGACAAGAUGCACGAAGCAUUGCUUCAUUGAAGGUUCACAAUGAUACGAGAUUUUAAUUGUAAAAAGUACAUAAUAACCGUUGUGAAACUUGUCAUUUUAAUUGGUAUGUCAGAUCGAACUGCUGCACGAAACCUCCCUUCAAAACAAGCACAGACCGGCCAAGAAUUCUACACUGAUAUAAACACUGUUGAUUUUACUUAUGACACCAACAAAGUACUUCCGGAGGGAUCGGAGGUAAAAGCCUAUCUUCUAGUCAACGAAACGAUCAAGGUACUAUUUCUGAUCGAAGAAGACAGCCCAGUAUCGUUGAAAAUCACCCCGUGUGCGUCUGCUGUUGAAUCAAGUGUUUUAUAUAAAAGUAUAUCUGAUAGUAAGGAUUAUGAAGAUGAUCCUUUAUUUGAAGAGCAAGUAAAACCAACAAAUCCAGCAGGGAUACAGUUGGAUUCGUAUGUUGGAUCAGAGGCUCAUACAUUUCAAAGAAGUGUUAAUUCCACUGGAGUUUAUACAGUGUUCUUAAGGCCGAUUGAAAGUGACACUUAUGUAAAAUUCUUCCUUCGAUUAAAAAAGUUUGCAAGGGAUAGUACAUUUUAUCCAUCUUUACCUAGAAAUUCCGCAGUUCGUGCAGAUAGCAUACGGCGGAAGAGUUUCACAGUUUCUUGGAACCGUAGUCAGGACGAAACCCCUUAUGGGAAUAUUAUAACUUAUUGUGUAUCUGUGAGUGCGAAAAAGAGUUCUGAUACCUAUUGUUCACUCAUGUCUUAUAUGUUUGGUGAUAAAUUGCCGGUAGCAUCCAAGAGUAGGGGGUUCUUCUUUCCGUGGGAGGACGAAGUUCUAAAAAUAUUCCAGAGUAAAGCAAGGCCAGUGAAAAAAGUGAAACCAAGAGAGAUUCACUAUACUUGUGUAGGUACAGAUACAAAAUAUAUUUAUACCCAGGCUAGACCUGGGAAAACGUAUUUCGUGAAUGUGUAUGCGAUUAAUAAGCGGACUAAUAUGAGUAGUGCAUAUAAAAAAUUAGAAGUAAAGACAAAAAAACGGAAGCAACGGGACAGAAUUCGAAAAUUGAGAGAUGGAAAACUUCAAGAGUUAGAGUUUAAAAAAUCAAAAUUAAGAUUUGAUUUUAAAUAUGACCUUAAAAAUACCAGUGAUCUAUUUCUUGCCGUCCAUUCUUGUACUGGUAAAGUGACGUUAAAAGUAACACGUGGUUCUUUACGUGGUGAGUCAGUUUUUGUGAAAAAAGUGAGACGUUCUUCCAAUUUUACACUUGCAAAUUUGAAGGCGGAUACCUAUUUCAUAGAUUUAGUUAGCCGAAAAAGAGAUGCUCCAAAAACAGCUAGAUUAGUGGUAUCUAGAAAACAGUCAAAACUUAGGUACCCUAUCUUGCCUCAGAAAUCGGAAGUGUUUCUGGUUGACAAUAGUACUACAAGUAAUUCAUUAACUAUAGGUUGGCGAGUAACCAAAUCAAGACGGAAAUUUUGUAUAUAUCAAAAAGAAAUUUCUGUCCGACGGAAACGGCGGCGGAAUUAUAAUCAGUGUAGUAAUAAGAAUCAACCUCCAGUUAUUGAUAGUAAAAAAGUGAAAUGUAUGAAAAUCCGACAUCAAACACCUAAUAUGGUGCUAAAUCAUCAAAUCAGAAACUUAAAAAGUAACACUCUUUACCAAUUUGAUGUUGUUAUACAACUCGGUAAAGGUUAUUCAUUACUGUAUAACAGUUUACAAACAGCAACAAAACAACAUUUAUGAAAUAAUUGUACAUAGGUAAUAUCCGGUUCUCCGGAGGGAAAAUUUCCUGAGAGCUUCUCUAAGUUCUCAAACUCGUGCAUGAUGAAGAUUAUACCAGAUGCACAUGUCGUCUGCGCUUAAUCGAUGUCAAACGUGGGUUUAUUAGUCUAUGAAGGUAUUUGUGCCAUCCCAAGUGUUAAUCCAUUGUUGUUAAGGGGUAGGGAUGCCUUUAGGUGAGACAUUUGGUUGUGUAACAUUGUAAAAUAGUUACUAGUCAAAGGUACCAGGCUUAUGAUUUGAAACGCCAGACGCACGUUUCGUCUACACAUGACUCAUCAGUGACACUCAGAUUAAAAUUGUUAGAAAGCCAAACAAGAAUAAAGUUGAAGAGCGUUGAGGACCCAAAAUCCCAAAAGUUGUGCCAAUAACGGCUGAGAUAAGCUAUGCCUGGGAUAAGAACAUAUUUUUAAAAGCGACAGUUAGUAACAAAUAGAUUGCAUAUUUCAUUUUCCUUUGCAAUCACCUGCACUAUACUUUAUAUACUUAAUUCAAGCAUCACAAUUGUCAUAAACAUUGGCCCUUUCUUGAACCCUCUUCAAUUUUGGCAUUGAAUAAAGUUGAACUUACCUAAUGUCCUAAAUAUUUUGAGAAC